AUGUCAGAGAGGUAAACAGUACCGUCCUGUCAACGGAGCUCAAAGCAUAAUAAAAACAAUUAGGUAAAAUUUAAGGAAAUACAAGGAUUUUUACGACUCGUGAUGAAAUUCUUGCUAAUUUCAAUCAGUGUUAUUACCAUUGCUCAAAGCUGUAAUGCGUUUCGCUUCAGUGGACUGGAGUUUUACGCGUACAUUCUGAAUGGAGACUUCCUGGACUAUAAGCCCUUCGGUGGUGGGUCCAGUACCAAGAGCGAGGAGGUCCAGCAAACCGUCGCAUCGGUUGGGCAGAGCCCAAAUUCGUUUGUAGAUUUUAUAACCUACCAGGACAAGAAGCACUGCACGAUCUACGAGGAACAGGCCGAACCGGAUGAGGUCAAGGUCUCGGAUGGGAAGCGAGGUCCGCUCAAGGUUAAAUGUAUUCCGGCCAAAGGAAACGGGACGCUGCAUAUAAUAACUUCGCUGAAGGAGGUCAUAAGCGUGCUGGCACCGCAUGGCAACUCAACGAAGCGAACCCAGGCCGGGAGUUGCGUCGUAAUGUUGUUUUAUACCAAAACCUGCAUCCAUAGUGCCAUGAUGGCACCGCACUACAACGCACUGGCGCGGCACUUUCCCGACCUGAAGGUGGCGGCCAUCGAUGCGUUCAACUUUCACUCGCUGAACACGGAGUUCGGAAUCGUGGGACUGCCCACGAUCAUGUUCUUCCACCAGGGAAGACCGCUGGUCAAGUUCAACGACACGGAAAUAACGCUCGAAUCUUUAGUCAAAUUCGUUACCAAACACUCCGGCGUGGAACCCCGACUGGUGAACCACAAAAUGACCAUCACAAUGCCGCACUACAUCUCGGACGACUUCAAAGGGCCACUUUUGAACAAGGUCGAAAAGCGAACCGAUUACUGGCUGUACGUGGCCUGGAUAUUCAUCAUCGUGUGCAGUUGUUACUACUUCUCCAAGUCGGCAUUCUAUGUGCAAAUUAUCGAGAUGAUCAAACGAAAUUGGAGGGAAUCCGAGGCGCACCAUCACAGCUAAGCAUGGGCGCGUGUGAUUGUACGUGUGUCAGUGUGUGUUACCAGCCCUCCCCCCUUCUUCGCUAGUGAAAUUAUUGUUAUGUAAUUUAUUUCUCCCCUGAAGUCUAGUUUUGUUCAAUAAAUUAAAAACAAAACACAUCUAAA